AUGGUUGUGGACUUCCGGAGGAUCAGGCCACACUUGCAACCUGUGUCCAUCGAGGGGCAGUGUGCUGUUAAUCCUGCAUCAGUCAACAUGUCGGACAGAAGGAACAAAGUCCAGCUUUCAGUGCUGCUCUUUCUGACACUGUCGGUUUCGGCCUUCGUGGAGGAGCUCGAUGAUACCUUCAUGGAGAUGAGAGGAGACGACGACAUCUGGCUCAUCAAAUUUUACGCCCCCUGGUGUUCAUUCUGUAAACAGCUGGAUCCUGUUUGGCAUCAGAUCGGAUCAGAACUGAAGAGUCUCGGAUCUCCUGUCAACGUCGGAAAAUCAGACGCCACUGCCAGCCCCGGUUUGGCCAAAGAGUUCAAGGUCAGAGGUUAUCCAGCCAUCUUCAUGUGGAAGAAAGACGUGAAAUAUAAUUAUUCAGGACCAAGAACAAAAGAUGGAAUCAUGGACUUUGCUAAUCGAGUCGGAGGGCCGCUGGUUCGAUCCCUCAGCAGCCUGCAGCUCUUCCAACACGCCAUGAGCCACCACAACAUCAUGUUUGUUUAUGUUGGAGCUACAUCACAGCUGAAGGGAAACUUUACGUCAACAGCGGAGGAGCUGAUCGUGCACACCUACUUCUUCUCUUCUUCCAGAGACGUGCUACCCAAGGCGGUCUCUCUCCCCUCUCUGCCGGCUGUGGUGGUUUUUAAAGAUGGAACCUACUUCACCUUUGAUGAGGAAAAUGACGGUGAUCUGAAGUCGUGGAUUAACAGAGAGCGUUUCCCAAACUACUUCCUGAUUGACAGCUACACGCUGUACGCCAUGGGAGAGUCAGGUAAACUGGUGGUGUUGGCGCUGGUGGAGGUGAAGAGUCUUUGUGAGGAAAGUCUGAGGUAA